GUAACGUUGUCGCUAGCCAGCCACCACUACCACCACGGUUACCUGACCAGUCUCCAGAAUCUAUACAUCUACCUAUUUGGACUCCCCUCCCCUCUCUACUCUCCAGCAGAGCCAUAUUCAUGCGGUAAACCGUCGCCGCUCUCCCUUCUAUACGUGUCUCUCUCCUGCUUAAGACAUGGCCGACGCACCCAUUGUUCUCGAUGGCGGUACCGGUUUCCUCAAAGUCGGCUAUGCCGCCCAAAACUUCCCCGAGCAUCAGUUCCCCUCCAUCGUCGGCCGACCUAUCCUCCGUUCCGAAGAGCGGUCUGGCGACAUUGUCGUUAAGGAUAUCAUGUGUGGAGAUGAGGCUGCCGCCGCUCGAUCCAUGCUACAGAUCAGCUAUCCUAUGGAGAAUGGUAUUGUGAAAAAAUGGGAUGAUAUGCAACAUCUAUGGGAUUUCACCUUUUUCGAAAAACUCAAAGUCGACCCGACCGGCCGCAAGAUCCUCCUCACCGAACCGCCUAUGAAUCCUCUCAAGAAUCGUGAACAGAUGUGCCAAGUCAUGUUUGAGCGUUACAAUUUUGGUGGCGUCUACGUCGCUAUUCAGGCUGUCCUUGCCCUAUACGCCCAAGGUCUGUCCUCAGGCGUUGUGGUGGACUCCGGCGACGGUGUCACUCAUAUUGUCCCUGUCUACGAAUCUACCGUCCUCAAUCACCUGACCCGACGACUCGACGUUGCUGGUCGUGACGUGACGAGGAACCUCAUCGCUUUGCUCCUUCGACGUGGCUAUGCCCUCAAUCGAACUGCAGAUUUCGAAACUGUGCGCCAGAUCAAGGAAAAACUAUGCUACGUCUCCUACGAUCUAGGCUUGGAUCAGCGGCUUUCCGAAGACACCACUGUCCUGGUCGAGUCUUACACACUUCCAGAUGGCCGAGUGAUCCGUGUCGGGAGCGAAAGGUUCGAAGCUCCUGAAUGCUUAUUCCAGCCUCAUCUGGUCGAUGUCGAACAACCGGGAAUUGCUGAGUUCCUCUUCAACACCAUCCAAGCCGCCGACGUCGAUGUUCGUUCUUCGUUGUACAAGGCCAUCGUCCUCUCCGGCGGGUCAAGCAUGUACCCUGGCCUCCCAUCUCGACUUGAAAAGGAACUGAAACAAUUGUGGUUGACACGUGUUCUUGGUGGCAACCCCGAACGAUUGAACAAAUUCAAGGUGCGGAUAGAGGAUCCUCCAAGACGGCGCCACAUGGUAUUCCUCGGUGGUGCUGUCCUUGCCAACAUCAUGGCCGAUAAGGAGAAUAUGUGGGUAAGUAAACAGGAAUGGGAUGAACAGGGACCUAGAGUGUUGGAGAAGCUAGGACCCAGGUCAUAAAGCUAAGGCAUUUCUUAUACUGGGAAAGCUGCUUGGGCACCGAGAAUCUUGAUGGUAACCUACGUUGUUGAACGCAUCGAGGGCCAGUAAAGACAAGAACGACUUGUAUGAUGCUAAGAAUCCAGAAUCAAAGAACAAGCAUAAAAAUCCAAAAAGUGUGUCUCCUGAUUCUAUAUACUUUCCGCUAAACACCC